ACAACGAAUAUUCAUUAUUAUGGAUUCCAUUUUGUGAACUAAGAAUCAUUGAAGAAAUUGGAAGUGGUAAAUUUUCAACUGUAUAUUCAGCAAGGUGGCAGCAUUCAGACUUUAGUUUAGAUAUGGUUGCACUUAAAUUUCUUCAUGGAUCUCAAGAAAAUUGUGAUGGAUUUUUAAAAGAGGUUUGUAAAAUGUGGGCAUUUGAAGAUAGAAAACACGAUUAUAAGCUUGCUUUGGAAAUUUGUGAUGGGUUAAGACCAACUCCAAAAGUAAAGAAGCAAGUACAAAAAGAUGGGUUCGCCAUUUCCGAAAUCUCUUUCCUGAAGCAAAUCCUGAAACAGAUUGCUAAUUAUGAUGAUAACAUUUCUAUUGAAAGUUUUGAAAAUACUUUUGCUAACCUAGAUAGGUUUUUUGAUAGAAGUAGUGAUAAUAUGUUUAUAAUUGAAAAUACGAACAUUUCUACUGAAAGUCAGAAACAACACA